AUUUAAAAAAAAAUCACCAUCAAACUUAUUGCUGUUUGAUGCAUUCAUAAAACAUGAUAUUGAGAAUUAAAUGCUGUUAGAUAUGAAGUUUGUUGAUAUACAGUUAAUUAGUUAACAAUCUUCUAAAUUUCUAUUUAAAUUAAAGAGCUGCUGAUAUUUAUUUUAUGUAAAUUUAAUUUAAAGUCCUUUUUUUAAGAUUUGAUUUCCACUAAUGUUUAUAGCUUAAACCUUGGCUUGAAAAAGAUAUUUGCCUAUUUAUACCGAACCAAACCUAGUCUAUCUAAUUUGUUGAUAUACAGUUAAAUUAAUUAAUAAUCUGCUGAAAUUCUAUUUAAAUUAAAGUGCUGCUGAUAUGUAUUUUAUGUAAAUUUAUUUUAAAAGUCAUUUUUAAGAUUUGAUUUCCACUAAUAUUUUUAGCUUAACCUUUGCUUGAAAAAAGAUAAUUGUUUAAUUAUACCGAACCAAACCUAAUCUAUCUAAACCAUUGAUUGAACCAUUUAACCGGUUAUCUACAAAGGGGGAAAAUCUAUUAGUCCUUCCUUCUUCCUCGUUCCGCUCCGGCUUCACAUUGUCGCCGACGCAAAGCAAGCUUCUCCGAUCUUCGAUCUUCCGCAUCCGCCAAAAGGAGAAUGGCUACAGCUACGUAUCCGCCGCCUCCUCCGUAUUACAGACUCUACAAGGAUUACUCUGAAAGCCCUAGCUCUGUUCCUGAACCUCCGUCUCCGAUUGAAGGAAGCUACGUUUGUUUCGGUGGCAAUUAUACUACGGAGGAUGUUCUUCCAAGCUUGGAAGAGCAAGGAGUUCCACAGCUUUAUCCCAAUGAUUCAAAUGUUGAUUACAAGAAGGAACUCCGGUCUUUAAAUAGAGAGCUCCAGCUACAUAUAUUGGAGCUUGCUGAUGUUCUCGUUGAGAGGCCUUCUCAAUAUGCAAAGAGAAUUGGUGAUAUAUCCUCAGUCUUCAAGAACUUGCAUCACCUUCUCAAUUCCCUGAGGCCUCACCAGGCGAGAGCAACGCUUAUUCACGUUAUGGAGCUUCAAAUUCAACAGCGGAAGCAAGCUGUGGAGGACAUUAAGAGCACAAUUAAUUGGUGAUAGUGUUGAUUUGGUUGUGUGCAGGAGGAGAGAAGAAGUACAGCGACUUCUAAAGGAUGCGUUCAUCACUUUAGAUGGACAAUAGAGUGACCCAUUUCAUGUAAAACUUAUUUCUCUGAUUGCUACCUUCCAAGCUUAUUUGACCAAGACUUGGGUAGAUACAGUGUACAUGGAAUGUAUUAUACCAGAACUAACCGCUUCUUUUCUUCUUGAGAAAAGUAAACCGGUUAUAUAAUACGCCCAGAAUGAACCGGAGUUAGAUAUGAAUUGAUUGGUGUGUUGGUGAAAAAAGACUCAAGUGGGAUUGUCCGCAGGGGAACAUAACCCAAACUCCGUGUUUUUUCAUUUUGUCAACAGACGUGUCAAAAGCUGAAUGACACGUCCUAUUAUCUUCACCUCUUAUUCAGUAAAAUAAACACGUCGGAUUACUU